CACCAUGGUCCUCACGCUACAGAUCGAUACUAUACAGGUUCAACCUUAUAUAAAACUCCUAGUAAUGAUACUUCUAUAUAUUAUGUAGAGCCAGUUUCUUCAAUUGAGUAGUUACUUUCAAUGGCUGACCUCGUCGGAAUAGAAGAGACCAAGGCUCGAGAACUAUCAAAGAAACAUCAACCAUAAGGAACCCAGAACCGAGUGAGCCGGUGAAGGAUAAAUUUGCUCCUACUUAGACUCUAGUAACAAUAGUUUCAUCCCAUCUCUUCUUGAGAGGCUAGAUCUAGUUGAUCACGCGGAGAAUCGUCAAUGGCUAAAUACACGUGUAUUUCGGCGAAGAGGAUCUCACCUCGACCAUUUACCCGUCCUUGGCCUGGAUAUCGUUAAUCUGAAAGAAGUUCACAUACCCCACAACUAAGAUGCGGAGGUGACAUUUCGUGGAGCUUAAGAUGACGACCGCAUGGUUAUCGAGGCGAACCGGUUACUCUCCACGUGUUGGAGGCGCUAUAUAGUGCUUUAUAGUAUAUGCAGAUGUCACCGUUAGAAUACGGCAACGGUCUAGACCGAGGCAUACAAAUUUGUAUGGCCUAGCCGGCAAAUAUCCAUCAUGCUGGCUCCUUUUCUAUUUUGGGCUGUUCCAUACUCUUAAAAACUGAGGAACGCCGGGAUCAAAUUGUGUCAAUCAUAGGUCUUUAUUGAGCUACGAGGAUAGUUUUAGCGUAACGAACAUGAGGCUCACAGAUCUUCUCGCUAUCGUCGGCACCCUACCGCUGGUAUCCGCGGCGCCAUCAUGGCUCCCGCUCACCCGCCGCCAGUCGGGAUCGACCAUCACCGUCGACUUGACCAAGACAUACCAGACGAUCGACGGCUUCGGGGCCUCGUUUGCGUUCCAACGGGCUAAUUUGAUCACUAACAUGUCGGACAAGACCAAGCAACGGGAACUACUCGACCUACUCUUCAACACAACAACCGGUGCCGGUCUAUCCAUCAUCCGAAAUGGUAUCGGUUCUAGCCCCGACAGCAGUUCCGACCACAUGAACACAUUCGCACCGAAAGACCCGGGCGGCCCAACGGCAGAGCCCCAGUAUACCUGGGACGGAAAGGAUUCUGGUCAACUCUGGCUCUCGCAGGAGGCGUAUAAUACCUACGGUAUCCGUCAGAUCUAUGGUGAUGCUUGGAGUGCUCCCGGAUACAUGAAGUCGAAUGGUAACGAGGUUAAUGGUGGCACGCUUUGCGGUGUUAGUGGGACGAACUGCCGUAGUGGUGAUUGGAGGCAGGCGUAUGCGAAUUACUUGGUUCAAUACGUGAAGUACUACGCUGAAGCUGGUGUUCCUGUUACGCGUAUCGGUUUCCUCAACGAACCUGAGUUCUCCACGAGCUACGCCUCAAUGAACUCCAACGGAGCACAAGCAGCCGACUUCAUUAAAGUCUUACACGCUUCACUUGAAGCCGCAAACCUGACAUCGCAAGUUGGUAUCGGAUGCUGUGAGUCCGAAGGUUGGGGUAACCAAGUAAACAUGGUAAACGCUAUCAAAUCAGCAGGAGCAGAAGACCUUCUAGCCAUGGUAACUUCUCACACCUACACCGGCGGUCCAUCCGGUCCCAUGAAUACCCGCGUACCCGUCUGGCUCUCCGAGCAAUGCGAUCUCCAGGGCCAAUGGAGUACAUCAUGGUACGGCGGUGGUGGCGCUGGUGAGGGCCUGACGUGGGCUAACAACAUUUACAACGCGCUUGUUAAUUAUAACAUCUCGGGAUACCUAUACUGGGAGGGUGUACAAUGGCCCUCACCAAACACAAACGAGAAACUAAUCCGCGUCGACCAACAAUCGCCCUACAACUACGUCGUCGCGCAACGUCUAUGGGCCUUCGCCAACUGGAGCCGUUUCGUGCGUCCCGGCGCCAUCCGCAUCGGCAGCAGCGGUGGGUCAGGCGUUAAGAGCGCCGCCUUCAAAAACCUCGACGGGAGUAUCGCGGUCGUUGUCAUCAGCACAGGUGGAUCGGCUAGUAAUGUCAACAUCAGCUUUACUGGUCUUGAGGGCAAUGCGACUGAGGCUACGGGCUGGGUCUCGGAUCAGACGCAUAGUUGUGAGAAAAUCAAUGUUACGGUUGCGAAUGGUGCGGUUAGUGGAAGUGUGGCUGCGCGCUCGAUUACCACGUUUCAUAUCGUGAAACCGACGGUCCCGUUGGUGGAGAGGAGUGAGGAGAGUAAGAGAGGAUGGCGGUUUGUGUAAGUUUUCAGGUUGGUAGGGUUUGUAGGCUUGAGUAUCAAAAGUUUAGGUUGAGUUGCUAGCAUAUACUUCAUGAAUUUAUGAAUAAAAG